AUGUCUUCCUCCGAGAAGUCGCCUUAUUUUGCCUAUUCCUUUAAAAAUCGAGGAGGAAGAGAUGCCCUCUCAAUACACUACUAUUUGCAUCGGUCAAGACUUGAAAAUUCAAAAUCGGUGAUUGACAAUAAAACACCAAGAACAAUGAUUGCCCGACCAAAGAAAAGAAAUCAACAUCUCAAUGGCGAUAUGACGGAAUCAAGAGCUGAUAGCUCGUACAAUUUUACUUCGCCUUCUCUUUCUGGUUUUCUAAAUUCGCCUCGGAGCGCAGCAAACUCUCCGUCAUCGCCCACAAAGAGUCGUGCUUCGUCAAGUAGAUCCCGAGGCCCUCGUUCCCAAUCUGCUCUUUCUCAUCAAUCUCUAAGGCAGAGAUGUAUGACCUCCAUGUCGGAAGAGCUUAGAAAUUCUUCUCCACUAAGUUUUUCGGAAAUACAAGAAAUAGAAGAAUUAAGCACUCACAUAUCCAAUCAAUUAGAACAACAAAAUGCUUCAGAAAGAAGGGCUCAAUAUGAUCAAUAUGUCAUUAACACACCAAGAGAAAGGUUUUUAGAAGACAAAAAUGAUCUUGAAAUUUACAACAAAUUUGCUGCUAUGGUGAGCAAAUUUUCCAACUCGGAAAUAGAGGAAAUAUUGGAAGGAGUGAGGAAGCAUGUGCAUGACUACAAAUUACUUAGAGAAUUUGGUGGAGAUCCCUAUGAAAAUUACUAA